AUGAGGCGGCUGCGGCGCUGGGCGUUCGCGGCGCUGCUGCUGCUGCCGCUGCUGGCCCCGCCGGGUCUUGGGACCCGGGGUCCUGUCGGAGCUCUGCGCUGGGGGGUCUCACCCCAGUUAGGGGGCCAGGAAGCCCUUGAGGUCACAGAGCCCAGCCGUCUGGUGGGGGAGAGCUCCGGGGGAGAGGUUCGAAAGCAACAGCUGGACACCAGGGUCCGCCAGGAGCCGCCCCGGGGCCCGCCUGUCCACCUGGCCCAGGUGAGCUUUGUCAUCCCAGCCUUCAACUCAAACUUCACUCUGGACCUGGAGCUAAACCACCACCUCCUCUCCUCUCAAUACGUGGAGCGCCACUUCAGCCGGGAGGGGACCACCCAGCACAGUGCUGGGCCCCGAGACCACUGCUACUACCAGGGGAAGCUGCGGGGGAACCCGCAGUCCUUUGCCGCCCUCUCCACCUGCCAGGGGCUGCAUGGGGUCUUCUCUGACGGAAACUUCACCUACAUCGUGGAGCCGCGAGAGAUGGCGGGGCCUCCAGAAGCCACCCAGGGACCCCUUCCCCACCUCAUUUACCGGACCCCUCUCCUCCCAGACCCCCUCAGAUGCAGGGAACCAGGCUGCCUGUUUGCUGCCCCUGUUCAUCUCGCUCCUCCAAACCGGUCGAGGCUGAGAAGGAAAAGGCAGGUCCGCCGGGGUCACCCUACAGUGCACAGCGAGACCAAGUACGUGGAGCUGAUUGUGAUCAACGACCAUCAGCUGUUUGAGCAGAUGCGACAGUCUGUGGUCCUUACCAGCAACUUUGCCAAGUCCGUGGUGAACCUGGCAGAUGUGAUGUACAAGGAGCAGCUCAAUACCCGCAUUGUGCUGGUCGCCAUGGAAACGUGGGCAGAUGGGGACAAGAUCCAGGUGCAGGAUGACCUCCUGGAGACCCUGGCCCGGCUCAUGGUCUACCGGCGGGAAGGCCUGCCUGAGCCCAGCGAUGCCACCCACCUCUUCUCGGGCAGGACUUUCCAGAGCACCAGUAGCGGGGCUGCCUACGUGGGGGGAAUCUGCUCACUGUCCAGGGGUGGGGGUGUGAACGAGUAUGACAACAUGGGGGCCAUGGCAGUGACCCUGGCUCAGACACUGGGACAGAACCUGGGCAUGAUGUGGAAUAAGCACCGGAGUUCAGCAGGGGACUGCAAAUGUCCGGACAACUGGCUGGGCUGCAUCAUGGAGGACACUGGCUUCUACCUGCCCCGCAAGUUCUCGCGCUGCAGCAUAGACGAGUACAGCCAGUUCCUGCAGGAGGGGGGCGGGAGCUGCCUCUUCAACAAGCCCCUCAAGCUCCUGGACCCGCCCGAGUGCGGCAACGGCUUCGUGGAGGCGGGCGAGGAGUGCGACUGCGGCUCGGUGCAGGAGUGCAGCCGCGCGGGCGGGAACUGCUGCAAGAAAUGCACCCUGACUCACGACGCCAUGUGCAGCGACGGGCUCUGCUGUCGCCGCUGCAAGUAUGAGCCGCGAGGCGUGUCCUGUCGAGAGGCCGUGAACGAGUGCGACAUCGCGGAGACCUGCACCGGGGACUCAAGCCAGUGUCCCCCUAAUCUGCACAAGCUGGACGGGUACUACUGUGAUCAUGAACAGGGCCGCUGCUACGGGGGUCGCUGCAAAACCCGGGACCGGCAGUGCCAAGCCCUUUGGGGCCAUGCGGCUGCUGAUCGCUUCUGCUAUGAGAAGUUGAACGUGGAGGGGACGGAGCGUGGGAACUGUGGGCGCAAGGGGUCAGGCUGGGUCCAGUGCAAUAAACAGGACGUGCUCUGUGGCUUCCUCCUCUGUGUGAACAUCUCUGGAGCUCCUCGGCUGGGAGACCUAGGGGGAGACAUCAGCAGCGUCACCUUCUACCAUCAGGGCAAGGAACUAGACUGCAGGGGUGGCCAUGUGCAGCUGGCCGAUGGCUCUGACCUGAGCUACGUGGAGGAUGGCACAGCCUGUGGCCCCAACAUGCUGUGCCUGGAUCACCGUUGCCUGCCAGCCUCUGCCUUCAACUUCAGCAGCUGCCCUGGCAGCGGGGACCGCCGGAUCUGCUCCCACCACGGGGUCUGCAGCAAUGAAGGGAAGUGCAUCUGUCAGCCGGACUGGACGGGCAAAGACUGCAGCAUCCACAACCCCCUCCCCACGUCUCCGCCCACGGGGGAGACAGAGAGAUAUAAGGGUCCCAGCGGCACCAACAUCAUCAUCGGCUCCAUCGCCGGGGCUGUCCUCGUCGCAGCUAUCGUCCUGGGCGGCACGGGCUGGGGAUUUAAAAACAUCCGCCGAGGAAGGUACGACCCGACCCAGCAGGGGGCAGUGUGACGCCGGCCACG